AUGCCUCGACUCUCGCUAACGACUCUCUUCGGAGUUGAUCAGACUAUCGAUGACAAGCACCACUUUGAGACAUCUUGGAUCUUGCCCCCUGCCAUUCUCGCCGGUCUUCGCGCUCUGAUCUCACUGUACAUCUUCGCCUCCAUCUUCAUCUUCUGGGGCUGGUAUGGUACCCACGAUAAGCUCUCCUCGAUUGGUCAGUCCUUCAGUUACUUCACCUGGCUUUCUUACUGGGGAAUUGGCUUCUACAUGCUAUUUGCUGCCAUUCAUACAGCCUCUUAUGCACGAACAGGCCGCUCGGUUCUCUUCGACCGCUGGCCACGGGGUCUUCGCGUACUACACAGCUUACUCUAUGUGACAAUCACAACAUACCCGUUUCUUGUUACAGUUGUCUUCUGGGCUGUCAUCUUUACUCCGCCGUGGUAUAAGACCACCUUCACUAGAUGGCAAAAUAUCUCCCAACACGGCCUUAACUCUGCCGACGCCUUACUGGAAAUUAUCAUCCCUGCCACGGCGCCGCAUCCAUUCAUUGCAAUGCCAUUUCUACUCUUGAUGCUCCUGCUCUACCUCUGCGUUGCAUAUAUCACCCACGAAACUGAGGGCUGGUACCCGUACUCUUUCCUUGACGUUGGUGGCCAUGGACAUAAGAGCAAACGUGUGGUGGGAUACUAUUUCGGCGUCUUGGGUGCGGUUCUGGUCGUCUUCGUCAUCUCCUGGGCGUUGAUUCAUUUGCGCUGUCGCCUGACCCACGGAAGGAUUAAGCGGGCGAGACGGGAUCCGCUGUGCUCGCAUGAUGUCUCAAGUGGUGCCGUUGGGGCGUGUGGUGAGCAAUCGAAUGUGAUGAAGGGUGUUUCGGGCUUGGAGGAGGCGAUGAGUCGAUUCUCUUCUUCUGGGGGAGAUUGCCUAGUUAGAUAG